AUCUCAUCACGUUCCUCCAUUGGAUCCACAGAUUCGAGCCAUCCGAUAAAAUGAAAUUCCUCAUUGUGACUCUGGCUCUGGUCGCCAUCGCUUUGGCACAACAGCAGUACCCGCACUCGCCUGUACAAUCGGUAGCCGCGAUUCUGAAGCAAGCGCAGGAUAUCUCGCCGGAAGGAUCUUACAAUUACGCCUAUGAAACCGAGAACGGAAUCGCCGUUUCUGAGCAGGGCUCGCCACAACCCGUUGGACCUAAGGGCGAUCCUGCGGUCGUCGCCCAAGGUCAAUUUCAGUAUACCGCUCCUGACGGUACCCCCAUUGCCCUCCAGUACACGGCCGACGAGAACGGUUUCCACCCGCAGGGUACCCACUUGCCGAUCGCUCCACAAGUACCCGAGCAGAUCCAAAAAGCCAUCGCAUAUGUUUUAGCUCACCCACAGCCCGAGAACCAGCAAUAAAUAAUCAGUGACAUUUAGUAACAUCUUCGGACAAAAUGCUUAUCUUUUGUGCCACGCGAAUCAUAGACACAAAGUGUUUUGUUAAUAUAUAAAUACAAAUAUUCUUCAAAAA